CGGCGCCAGGGCUCCGUCGCCGGCCCCACGGCCGUGGCCGCCCGCGCGGACGACCAGCCCGACGCGUACGACAGAGCCGACAUGGUCUACAGGGGUGGCUCCGAGUCUAAGCAGGACAAGCCAGCAGAAGACCUCAUCUCCGGCUUCGAGUCCAGAGCCGAGUUGGCGCGGAGGAGGAUUUGGGAGAUCCCAAAGGAGACCUUGCCGAUGUUGAGGACGAAACGGGAGCUUUGGGAGACAAAGGACAACUUCAAGCGGGUCACCGACCUUGUGGUGUGCAAGUCGAAGGACGCCGAGAAAGCCCUUCGCAACGCGCGGAGGGAGCUGGCAUCGUCGACCGUAUCAGUGCACAAGAAGUGGGUCAUCGACCACCUCCGCGCCCCGAACUUCGGCAGGGACGUGCUGCACCAGAUGAACCGCGGAGGC